AUGACACUCUGGAACAUCCAUCUCGAGCCCUAUGUGAAAACCCAACAAGACAUCGAUAGCCUUGUAUCUCUUGCCAAAAUCCCUGCGAAGAAAGAGGAUGUCAUAGGCGGCUUGCACGAGCAGGUCAUCCAAUAUAUGGCGCACACACGUGGAUUAGCCAACAAUGCUGACUAUGAGAUCAAGCGUAUGCUCCAUCAGUAUCCAAUCAACCAAGAAGAUGGUUCAGCCUGGACGCCUCACAGCAGCGCGACCACCCUUGCAGCGUACGCGGCGCCAGUGGCUGCCUUCAUUGCAGCAGUAUUGCGAACCAAGAACAAACAUCCGUGUCAGUACAAGUUCCCCCUGAAUCAGUCGCAGGAAGGUCUCGUGUGGCGUCUGUAUGUCGCACUGGAGAACAAGACAGAUGAGCGUAUGGCUCUCAUCCACAAAGUCCUCUAUUCCCUUGUUGGCAUACCAGCACCAGGUGCCAGCAUGGCCAAGUGGAAGUGUCCGCUUAUGUGUUGGCUUGCGGUGUCAAGCUUACGGGAAGAUGGUCGCUUUGUUCUUGCCAAGGACUACACGCCUAUCAUUGCCAAAUGGGAGUACGCUCUUCGCAACCUCCAUCUCUAUGAGGCUUGGUCUCCCAUUGCAUUAUCAAGGAGAGUUCAAAUACUGAAUACAUUGCAUACUAGUUCUGUCAGAUAUCAAUGUUCACAGUAUCUCGCAGAUGGACGACCCUCGCCAUGGAACUCUCUUCGUGCACACCAACGCUACGCAUCAUCAUUGGUCAUCCGCCAGGCAUCAGCACCCAAUAUCACAUGGGCCACGGACAUGUCAUCUGUCAAUUGUCUAGGUCGCAACCUCGAGAUUGCUCGCCUGCGCACUGGCCUGCAGAAGCUGGUGCAGAGUGUCAAAAAUCGUAUGCACGCCCUCUGCAACGGGAAUGAUAUACCUGUGAAGGUACCCUCCGAUCUUUGCGAAAAUCUCACCGAUAAUCGUGUUGGCCAUUCAUGGCUCUCAACUGGCUCUUUCACCGACUCGUCACAGCCUUUGCUCAAGGUCCUCUUCGAACAUCCGAGCUACUCGCUGGCGGACGUUGACGAUUCUGGCACGUUCCGAUGGCACUACGGUGGUCUGAGCGCUCUUCGCAAAGACCUAGCCGACCUGUCAGAGGAGCUCGCUGUUCUGUGUUUCAUGACUCCUGCUCCCCCUCCUCGUGGCACUGAGUUUGUCGACACUCGCCUCAGCAAUUCCCAGAUUCCACGGAACAUAUACAAGAACUAUGGAACAUGGUUCAUCCACCAGCGCACCAAGACAUCUGCACUCACGGAGUCCCUGUCAUGGACACCCACGUUAUGCCCAGAGCCCCGCAUCACCGACACAUACAUGGGCAUAGGCCUAUCACUCCAGUACUGGCGGCAUAUCGCUGUCUCGCUCAUGCGCGAGUUCAUUCCACCCUCCAACAUGGCUGACAACUUUGGUGACAAGUCCAUGAAUCACAAUACCAACAUGGCUCGUCGUGUCUAUGCACGUGAGGUUGGACACCUCGCUUUCCUCACCACAGAUGCCAUGCUCGAGGCUCGCCGGUUCUGCGAACCUUGGCACAAUGUUUUGGGACUUGGCAAGUUGCCUUGUCCUGUUGCCCUGCGUGUCUUGGACUACGGUACUGGUACUGGUGCGAAUCCUGCGCCAAACAUUCCCCUCGGUGCGGGCCUUACUACUGUGAUUUGCAGAACAGUCACAUCCACGAUGAAUGCGAACUUUGCGACACUCCAGGUCCACCUCGAAGACCUCGUGCGUGCAUCUGUUAUGCAGGGACUUGCUGCCCAACAACACUCUUCCAAUGCCCAAUCUCAUACCCCUCGUCCCAACCAGCUUCACCAACGGCAGACUGAACGCCGCCACCAGAGCCUAUCUUAUACCCCUGAGCAACGUCAUAGCCCCAUCACCGAGGAUCAUUUCUUGGAGCCAAUGGAUAUUGAUGGGCUUCCUAAUCAUCCAGUGGCUUCUACUUCCAAUCUUGGUCCCAUCGAUUUCCACCACAACAACCUCCCUGGUACUUCGCAUGAGCCGACCCAGCUUGUCGGAACCCCCAUUGACGAGGUCCCUAUGAUCUCACAUACCAAUGCUCUGCGCGAGCUCAGGAAAGCUUUGAAGAAUAAUGCCGCAGAGUUCACUUCGGAGAGUCAGUAUCAGCUGAUAGCCUAUUCCCUCUCACGUGACCGCAACAUCAUUGGCGUACUGCCAACAGGUGGCGGGAAAAGUGCAUGUUAUGAAGUCCCAGCUAUCAUCCAUCCUGGACGACUCUCUAUUGUCUUUGUGCCAUUUGUUGCAGUGAUCCAUGACCAGCUACGGCGUGCAGCAGCCAGCGGUACCAAGGCGGCCAAAUUUGUCGCAACAAUUCCUCCUGCAGAUGACUUGCAAUUGUUGUUUGUAUCAUGGGAACAUUGUGGACAUGCAAGUCUUGUCAGCUUUAUGAACAAGGAGAAGACUCGUAUCCAUCGUGUUGUGGUCGACGAGGCACAUCAGAUCCUCACUUCGCACGAGUUCCGCCCACAGUUGAAGAACAUUGACAAAUUGCGGAAGAUAGCGCUGCCCAAGAUCUACCUCACAGCCACCCUUGUCCCAGAUCACGAAAAUGCCUUCAUCCAGCAUAUAGGCCUGCAGCGCGAUAUGGUCAAAGUCAUCCGUGCACAGACGGGCCGGAAGGAACUACGCUAUCACAAUGUUCACUGCAGAUCCAAAGACGACAUCGAGGCACUGGUGGUCAAGCUCACCUAUGAGUGCUAUCAAAGACAAUUUGUCAAGCCAGACUCGCGGAUCAUCAUCUUUUGCCACUCAGUUGCAAAUGCCAACGCCAUGGGCCCUUUGCUUGGCUGCCUGAUAUAUCAUUCAAAGCUAUCACCUCAGGAGCGACAUGACACUCAAGUUGCAUGGACCACAGGGGCCACAGCAGCGCACCGGUGCAUUGCUGCGACCAGCUCAUUUGUUCAUGGAAUAGAUGCCCCUUUUGUUGAUCUCAUCAUCUUUCUCAACACACCUCAUGGCGCAGUCGAUUUCGUACAGGCCGCAGCAAGGGGAGGCCGACGAGGCCGCCCAUGCAUGGUUGUACUUGUACACCACACCGAGAUGCUCACUGUCAAGGCUCCUGACUACAGUCUUCACAAGGUCAUGAAUGACUACAUGGUGAAUAACACAAAAUGCCGCAGGAGGAUACUCUCUGCCGCUAUGGAUGGGGUCGAGAAGUGUUGCGAUAGGGAGAAUGGCGAUGAACUCUGCGAUGUCUGCAACCCAAACACAGAGAUGACAAAACUGAUCAAAUGGUGCAGCAAUGGAGGCGCACCACAUUUGUCAGCAUGUCUCCAACACUUGCCAAACUCCCAAGGUCAUCCAAUCAAUGUGGACGAUGAUGACGAUGCCAUGUAUGAUGGCAUGGAUGAUUCUCUUUUUCAACAAGUAGAGUUCACUGAUGAUCAGGUCAGCUAUUCCCUCAGUUCAGUAUGA